AUGUUCAGUGGUGAAGUUUUUCCCGAAAGCUGCGUUGCAUACGAGCUAUACCCGUGUUUUCCGGAGAAUAAUGCAAUCCACGAUGUAUUGAAAGCAACCGUGGAGGAAUGUGGAAAGCUGUGUGGGACCGAUGUCGCCAAUUAUCUUUGGCAUUACGAUGACUGGACCUUACAUCCCCAACUCAUCGGCAAAGGAGAAGGCUCGUUUAUAAAUGAAUAUCCCGGACCUCUCAGUGAUUUCGUUCCUCAUCUAGAAGGAAUGCUGUGCUUCGGAGAUAACGUAGAAGAUGAAUGGUUCGUCACGUGGUUGCUUUUUAAGCUGACGAAGAUGAUUCCAGGCUUGAUUGCGAGACGAAUCGCGCUAUUCCAGUCCAGUCCGGAACUGGGUCAGCCUGUCUGGAAUGAGGAAGUUCGCGUGCUGGGAAACACAGGACGGUCUAUUUCGGCUGGCCGAAGAGAAAGGGCGUCGCUGAAGGGGUGUUCGCUGUUGGGUGUAAUUUUCUCGGUGGGGACUGAGGGAAUUAUUUGCUUCGGGCCUGGGGGUAGAAACUAG